GCGAGGCACAGAUGUCUGCAUUUAUUUGUCGCGUCGGUACACACUUUUAAACUUAUCCGAAUUUAAAAGUCGAAUCGAAGGUUUAAUUAUCCUAUUUUAAGAUGUUGUCGAAAACGAAAAAGUGUAAAAUUCGUGCGGGCGUGUAAAUUAAGAUAAAGUGCCAAAAACGAAAAAGUGUGUAAAAAUUGUACGGGCUGCGCGUAAAAUAAAACGGAUCGCGAAGAGGAAGAAUUGAAUUUGUGACAGCGACGCACAGGCAAAAGCAACAACAACCACAAGGUUAAACAGUGUUGAAAAGUGCGGCUCGAGAGCGCAUUCCUUUCGGUCGCUUCUUAUGCCUAGCUUAAGGGGUUCACUCGAGAUCAGAUCGAUCAGAUAAUGGGACUCUUAAGACAUUUGUGGCAUUUGUUUUAAAAGCGCCUGGGUCUGCGCCUGCAGCUGCACCUGCUGCGUCGCCUGGAAGGGGAACGGUGUCAGGGACUGGGAUAGGGCGCUGGACUGUGCCCACUUGAAAUUCCAGUCGAGUCGCAAAGCCAACAUGAAACAAAGAAAAACUUGUCAAGCAAUGCAAACAAAUCUAACAAAGGGACAGGAGAAGCAGCAAAGAGCUGGUGGCAUCAGGGACGAGAGACAGACGCCGCUGUUGCUGCUGCUGGCGUCGCUGCUGCCGUCGCUGCUGCUGCUGACCACAAACGAAGCGAGGGCGCGCUGCAAGAAUUACAAUUACAACGACAAUUACAUGCACAGGCAGCGCGAACAGAGGCAGCGCUGCGGCAGAGCACAGCACAGCACAAGCGUGCCCAGUAUUUUGUUAACCAGUAUUCUCGCUCACGAGAGCAACAGCAUGAGCGUGAGCGCGAGCGCGCAUUUCGUUGCUGCUGAAGUUGCAUUGAUAUUUGGAGUUGGCGUCGUCGUUGGAGCCAGCCAGAGAGCGAGAACGAGAGAGCCCAGCGCUGUCGCUUGUGAAUGCGUAAGGUGCACAGUUGUUGGUUGGGUCGAGGAUCGCUCAGUCUGUGUAUUGGUGUUAAGCGGAGCAGACGAAUUUCGGCGUGCGCAGAAUAAACGCGUCUUUUUCAUUUUCACGUAUUUAGCUGUUGUCUGCGCGAAAAACUGCAGCGCGAUCUGCGCAGCUGUCUGCGUCGCAAUCCCCGCGCUACAUGCCGCGUACUCCGUGCCCCGUGCCCGUACUCUACCAUUGUCGCCCACGCGUGUGUGUAUGCUUAUCUGGCCGUCAGAAUCGGUAGCUUGUUUGUUUUUGGCGCAGGCUACCUUAUAGAAACGGCAGCCUUCCAGUCUUCCAGCCUGCCAGCCUUCCAGUCUGUCAUUAAAUGCAGCAAAAAAAUAAGAAAUAGUUAGUGACCAGUUUGACCGUCUCCUUCUCUCUCCCGUUCCCUCUCUCUUACGCGCUCUGCUUCUGUUUCGUUGCGUGCGCGUUUGUGCAUUUGUGUGUGCGUGUGUGUGUGUGUUUCUGCAGCAGUAAAAGUGGAAAACGCGCAUCAAUUAAAUUAAAUGCUCUUAAAUAUCUGCACGAUUGGCCCACAGUGCGACAAUUUCGCAUCAAUUGAAGCGCAGGAAAAUGCUGCAAUUAAUUCAACGCGUUAAAUUUCCCACUUGGUUGAGCUUUUCCCCCCACAAAUAAAGCCCAAAUGGCGAGUGCGAUUCGAACCAGUUUUCCAUUGAACCAAAUUAACUGCACAUAAAUUUGUAUUGGAAUCUGUGUUACAACAACAACAACACCAACAACAACAACAACAAGUACAACGAAGCAGAGCAAAAACAAAACAAGCAAAAUCUAACCAUAAACGCUUUGAUUUAUGUGUGAUUACAAAAAACGCGACAAAUAAAUAAAUUAUAGCGAAAAUAAAAAAUAUAAAAAAAAGGCUGCGCCUGCGUUUGGUUCCCUUGCCAAACCCCUUUGCGCCCCCGCUAACCCCCGCCUCUGGCUGGCAAAUUAAUACGAAAUAUGUUCAAAUCCUAAUUUAUGUGUGCAUACACACACACACCCACACACAGACACACACAUAUGUAUGCCUGAGUGAAAUAUAAAUACAAAUCAAGCGAAAACAAAGCAGAUAACAAAACGUCUCAAAAGGAUUUUAUACUUCAUUUCUUGGCCACAUUAUGGAUACAACAAAUCAAAUGCAUUUGGAGCUCGAAAGGCCCAUAAGUCGCACGCCGCUAACGCAGAUCUCCUAUCUGCAGAAGAUACCCACGUUACCGCGCCACUUCUCGCCCAGCCAGGGACAUGGCACAUUGCCAGCGAUCCAGCCAGCGCUGGGCAAUCUCGGGCUGCCCAGCAGCUCCUCGGCGAGCGCUUUGUAUGCGGCACAGAAUGCGGGCAUGUUGCCCACAUCGCCGCUGCCGUUGCAGCGGCACCAGCAAUACUUGCCGCCGCAUCAUCAGCAGCUGCCCAUGCAAUUGCCGCCAGCCGUGGGAGCAGCUGUUGCCGGACAGUAUUCGCCCGCCGGCUCGGGCUGCUCCGGCAAUGUGAAGUAUACCAAUGCGCAACAUGGACACCAGCUGCAGCAGCAUCCACAUCCACAUCAUCAGCUGUCGCCGGCGCUGUCGACACCGUCACCGCCAUCACUGCUGCACCAUCCAGCGGGCCACUGCUCCUCCUCCUCAUCGUCGGCGGCGGCAGCAGCGGCCGCAGCGGCAGCGCAUGCGCCCUUUCUGGCCGGGCCGCACAUGGACAUGCAGCGACAGUCGCACUCGGACGAUGACAGCGGCUGUGCGCUCGAAGAGUACACAUGGGUGCCGCCUGGCCUGCGACCGGAUCAGGUUCGCUUGUAUUUCUCGCAAAUACCCGACGACAAAGUGCCAUACGUCAACAGUCCCGGAGAGCAGUAUCGUGUGCGACAAUUGCUGCAUCAACUGCCGCCGCAUGAUAACGAGGUUCGUUACUGUCACUCACUGACGGAUGAGGAGCGCAAGGAGCUGCGUCUGUUUUCCACACAGCGCAAACGUGAUGCACUCGGACGCGGCAAUGUGCGACAGCUGAUGAGCGCACGUCCAUGCGAUGGCUGCGACGAGCUGAUUUCCACUGGCGACAUUGCGGUCUUUGCCACGCGCCUCGGCCCCAAUGCCAGCUGGCAUCCGGGCUGCUUUACGUGCUGCAUUUGCCGCGAGCUGCUCGUGGAUCUCAUAUAUUUCCAUCGGGAUGGACGCAUGUAUUGCGGCCGCCAUCACGCGGAGACGCUGAAGCCGCGCUGCUCCGCCUGUGAUGAGAUUAUCCUGGCGGAUGAGUGCACCGAGGCCGAGGGACGUGCCUGGCACAUGAAUCACUUCGCCUGCCACGAGUGCGACAAGCAGCUGGGCGGCCAGCGGUACAUAAUGCGAGAGGGCAAGCCGUACUGUCUGCUCUGCUUCGAUGCGAUGUUCGCCGAAUAUUGUGACUACUGUGGCGAGGCGAUUGGCGUGGAUCAGGGGCAGAUGAGUCAUGAUGGCCAGCAUUGGCAUGCCACCGAUGAGUGCUUCUCGUGCAACACCUGUCGCUGUUCGCUGCUGGGUCGCGCCUUUUUGCCGCGCCGUGGCGCCAUCUAUUGUUCGAUAGCCUGCAGCAAGGGUGAGCCGCCGACGCCGUCGGAUAGCUCCGGCACGGGCAUGUAUACCACGCCGACGCCGCCGGCGCAGCGUGUGCGACCGCAACAGACGCGCAUACCCAGCAGCCACGCCUCCAGCUCGCCGCCCAUGUCGCCGCAGCAGCAGCAACAGCAUCAGGCCAGCUUCAAUCAGGCCAUGUACCAGCUGCAGAGCCAACAGCUGGCCGCGGGCGUGGCCGGGAAUGAGCUGCCGGGCGGCCUGUUAGUGGCACAUGCCAAGCAAAGCUAUGCCACCUCCGACUCGGACGCGGGCGUUGUCAAGGAUCUGGAGCAGGUCGGGCAUAGUGCGGUCGUCGACGGCGGCGGGGGAGGCGGCGAUUUUACCGAUUUUUCCAGCUCACAGAAUAUGUCGCCGUUGAACUCGCCCGGCGACUUUCAGACGCAUCUGAUGCCCAAGCCCAUGGAACUGCAGCGCGACGGUGUCUACAACUUCAACGAGAUGGCUACGAAUUUGGAUGCAGCGUGGCCGGCCAAGCCGCCGCUGGGCGGCACGCACAGCUAUCAGCUGCAGCGACAGCUGCAACAGGUUUCCAAAAUGGACAACUCCAUCACCUCCAGCAUGCCGGAGCUGGGCGUGGUCGGGGCUCAGCACCUGGCGCACUUUGCACAGCAGCUGCCGCCGGCGCCGCCGUUGCACGCUUCCGCACAGCAGUUCCAUGCGUCGCAUCACGAGUAUGCGGAUAUAUUGCAUCCGCCGCCAGCACCGCCGCCGGUCGGUGAGCUGCCCGAGCUGCCCACGCCCAAUCUAAGUGUGGCCUCGACUGCGUUGCCGUCCGAGCUAAUGGGCUCGCCCACGCACUCCGCCGGCGAUCGGUCGCUGCAGACGCCGCUGUCGACGCAAUCGGCGACGCAGCCGCCCACGCAUCCCGUUUCAAUACUCAGCGGCGCCAGCUCCUCCUCGCCCAUGAGCGGUGAGCCGACCAAGAAGAAGGGCGUGCGCUUCGAGGGCAUACCCGAUACGCUGCCCCGCUCGCGCAGCUACUCCGGCAAUGGCGCCGGCACCAGCGGCGCUGGCGAAAGGGACCGAGAACGGGACAGAGAGAGAGACAGAGAUAGGGAUAGGGACAGGGGCGGGGACAGGGAGCGGGAUGUUAAUCGACAUGGACAUGGGCACUCCUCGCGCCGUCGCCGUCGUCGCAAGUCCUCGAGCCACCAUCGCAGCGGCAGCGGGCAUCGCUCGCACUCGACCACGCGUGCCGAUACCUAUGCGCCAGCCCAGCCGCUGUCCUCCUCCUACCAGGGCCCGCCCUCGGUGUUGCAGGCCAGCGCAUUAGCCGAGCACGAGUCGCCGCACAAGUCCCCGCGCCAGCAGCGUGAACGGGAACGCGAACGUGAACGGGAGCGCGAUGAAUCCGAGGAAUCGGACGUAUGCUCCACCUGUUCGUCCAGCUCAUCCAGCUCCGAGGAUUACAUGAUGAUGUACCAGCUGCCGCAGAGGCGCCACUAUGGCGGCGUGCGCGUCAGCUAUGUGCCCAACGACGCCCUGGCCUACGAUCGCAAACGCAAGCCCACAGACCUGGCCGGCGCUGACAAGGACAAAAACUGCAUCAUCUCGUGAUCCAAGCCGGCGGCCAUUUUAAUUAGCGCUGAUUGCGCGCCUGCCUGAUAAUAAAUGAGGCGCCCCAAGCGCCCUUUACUAACGAAGCAGCCACCAGGUGGCCAUCAAUUUUCAAUAUAUACACAUACACACACACAUACAUACUCAUACCGAUAUAGAGAGUAGAGCAUAGCCGAGAGCAGAACUCAUAUCCCGCACUUUUACAAAGCAAUAAAGUUCAACUUGAGAUUUAA